AUGCGGCUGCCGCGGGCAAGAGGCGCGGACGGGCGAGUGUCCAGACUCGGCAGGCGCCAGCCACAGGCGCGGGUGCGUCCCCUCACUCCGCGAGGCUGGCGGGCGGGGGGAGCCGGCAACCUGAAGAUUAAAUCCAAACAAACGGGGCGCGUCGGGGAGGGAGAGCGGCUAGAGCUGCGAAGCAACGACGCGGGCUCACACUCUCUUCACUUUUCCUUCACUCUCUCGCCUGGGAGUGCAGACAACCAGGCCGACAUUCACUUCCCUCCCGGGCCGUCGCUGCCAAGGUGGCCUUUCGCGAGGGGCCCUCCGAACCCGAGGAGCUCAGAGGUCAAUGAAAACUCCCAGCUGAACCUGCGAGAUGCCGGGAGAGACCGGAAGGCACCUCUUGACGCGUUGCAUGGUGGGAAGCGUAGUUCCCACAGCACGCCGGAGUGUAGUCGACUCUUACCGCGUUAG